AUGGUCACCAAAGAGGUCUUGGGAAGAGAACUCACGUCGGCAGACAAUGUUCUCAUUGCUGCGACCUGGGAUGAACCAACGGAGUGGAUUUCCCGUAUCAAAAGGGAGCACCCGGGUAUCGUAGUUAACUACUUUCUCAUUACCCUCGAACCAAUUGAGGUCUACAUGAAAGGCGGUAGUCAUGUUCCAGAUGAAUACUUCAAAGAUGUCACUAUAUUUGUGACAAUGCAGUACCUUCCACCGCCUGAAGCUGCCCCAAAACUUGAGAUAUGCACUAUUCUUAGUGCGGGUAUCAAUCAUAUCGCAAACACACCGAUAUACAGGGAUACAGAUAUAACUAUCACUACGAGUAACGGUGUUCAUGGACCUCAGAUUUCCGAAUGGGUCAUUGGCCAUAUCCUCGCACACACCCACCGCUUCCGCCUUUUCGACCAAUGGCAAAAAGAACACAGAUGGGCAAACAACUGGGGUAGUUUCACCGGAAAUCCAAUCCGCGAUCUCGUUACCCAAAAGAUCGGAAUCUUUUCCUACGGUUCUAUAGGCCGACAGGUCGGUCGGGUAGCUCACGCAUUAGGAAUGGAAGUACACGCAUAUACCGCUCACCCAAAACCUACAAGAGAAAGCAGGCGGGAUAAUGGAUACAUCGUACCCGGGACCGGCGAUAAAGAGGGCGAGUUUCCGGUGAAAUGGUGGAGUGGAACCGGUAAAGCGAGUUUUCAUGAAUUUUUGAGAGAAGGGUUUGACGUACUUGUGUUCUCGGUGCCAUUGACGGAUGAUACAAAGGGGUUGAUGGGGAAAGAGGAAUUUGAGAUUUUAAAAGAAACAAGGAAGAGCCCGUUUUUGGUAAACAUCAGUAGGGGCCCGAUUGUAGUGACUGAAGAGCUGGAGAAGUCGCUAAGGGAGGGGGUUGAAAAUGGAGGGUUGAGAGGGGCGGCUCUCGAUGUCGUUGAUCCGGAGCCCCUUCCAAAGGAACAUACACUAUGGGAUGCACCCGAUGUGUAUAUCUCUCCACAUAUCUCUGGCGCCGGCGUCACUUACUUUGAAAGGUGUCUUGAUAUCGUGGCGAUUAACUUGAAAUUAAGAGCAGAAGGGAAAAGAUUAAUCAAUGUUGUAGACCGAAAGCGCGGCUAUUAA